GGCGUAGCUACGAGGGCCAAGGGCUCCUGCCGAGGGUCCCGGAGCGAGCUGCAAGGAUCGUGCUCUGGAGAAAGGCUCAGGUUCCUGCAAGUUACUUGGGAGCUGAUCAAGACUUCAAGCUAAAGAUGGUGAUGAUGAGUCGCCUGAGGGUCAUUCUUCAAGCCUCUCCAUGCAAGGCACUGUGGAGAAGGUUCCAGAUUCCGAGGUCCAUGCUAGCAAGGCCCUGCAGCCUCUACACCUGCACUUACAAAAACCGGAACAGAGCCUUGCACUCUCUCUGGGAGAGCGUGGACCUGGUCCCGGGGGCUGAGCGCCAGUCGCCCAUCAACAUCCGGUGGAGGGACAGUGUCUACGAUCCUGGCUUAAAACCGCUCACCAUCUCUUACGACCCGACCACCUGCCUCCACGUCUGGAAUAAUGGGUACUCUUUCCUCGUGGAAUUUGAAGACUCUGCAGAUAAGUCAGUGAUCAAGGGAGGACCCCUGGAACACAACUACCGAUUAAAGCAGUUCCAUUUUCACUGGGGGGCCGUUGAUGCCUGGGGCUCCGAGCAUACCGUGGACAGCAAAUGUUACCCAGCAGAGCUGCACUUGGUGCAUUGGAAUGCAGUCAAAUUUGAAAACUUUGAGGAUGCAGCACUGGAAGAAAAUGGUUUGGCUGUGAUAGGAGUAUUUUUAAAGCUAGGCAAGUAUCAUAAAGAGCUACAGAAAUUGGUGGAUAUUUUGCCAUCAAUUAAGCACAAGGACAUGCUUCUGGAAUUUGGGUCAUUCGACCCUUCCUGUCUGAUGCCUACCUGCCCAGAUUACUGGACCUACUCAGGGUCCCUGACUACCCCGCCACUCUCCGAGUCUGUCACUUGGAUCAUUAAGAAGCAGCCCAUAGAGGUUGAUCAUGAUCAGCUUGAGCAAUUUCGGACCCUGCUCUUAACUUCUGAGGGGGAGAAAGAGAAAAGGAUGGUGGACAACUUCCGCCCCCUUCAGCCCCUAAUGAACCGCACUGUCCGCUCAUCCUUCCCUCAUGACUAUGUGCUGAACAUACAAGCAAAACCCAAGUCGUCUACCAGCCAAGUACCCCCUUAGACGCCAUUAUCUAG